CCACAACUAGGGCAUCUUGGCGCGACGCUAAGCGCCGUGCGAAUUCCUGUCUUAAAUGACGUGUAGGCGCGGCGUUUAGGAGUGCUGAAGGUCGGGGAUUGACCUACUAGGCUUCGAGGUGUUUUGGCCCAACAGUCUUUGCCAGGCGCUGCCCCGCGUUUUUGCCCGCGGGAGGGCAGCUGUCGGGGCGGUGGGCCAUGGCCGUCCAGCGGCGCCUCGACGCCAUCGCCGCGAUGCGCGAAGGCGGACGCGCCCCCGUCAUAUGUCUGCUGGACCAAGAUCCACCAUCCCAAGUGGCCGAGCUGGGAGCCGGGCGUUGGGCUGGAGAUAGAUCUACGAGGCGCCCGGGCGCGGAGUACGCCAUGGGCGACGUUCGUACGCAGCUAGGUCGUCCCGAUGAUCUGUUGUUGCUCGCGCGGCCGUCGCGGCGCCGCGAGACGUUUCGGCGCCGACCGCGUUCUCGUGGUAGCGGCGCCCUCACGUUGUCCUUGAUGCUGGGACUUACCUUGGUUUCGUUUUAUUCGAUUUUCAUGACCUGCUCUUCUAUCUUUCCCCUCCACAUUUCAUAUCAGCCACUGUUGGGUUUCAGCCUGAUCAAACCCAGCCUCCUGCCUCGAGAAUUGGUCCCGUGCGCCCUUAACUUUGCUCAGAGCAGUGUUUCACCGCUGGAAACGACUCCUGGCGGCCUCACGACGCCGCGACGACCACGCAUAACACCUUCAGAGGGCUACCAGACCUCUGCAAAAGCUAUUUGGCGUUGCGCGCGCUACGGCCCGCCGUCGCGCGAACAGGUGCAACUUACGCGCCCCGACGCGACCUCACGCAGCCAGACGUCGCGCGCGUUCCGCGGUUUGAGCUUCACAACACCUCACGGCCGCACACGCCGUCGCCGCGCCGCGCCGUCGCCGCAAACGGCGUUAAUCCAGCACGACCGAGCAACGCCUCGCGACGGGCGGAACGGACCCGGAAGCUGAUUUGUGGUGGUUCCCGUCGGCUCGCCGGUCCUAGUGACCCAUGCGGGUGUCGAAAGGGGUCGACUUGCUCAGGGGGCCUUGAAGCGCGCGGUUGUGCUGGUGGGUGCGUGCGUGCCCCGCCGCGGUCCCGUAGCGCCGCUCGACUACGGUCGCGCGGUCGCGGUCGGCUGCUGUUCGUGCGCGCCACGUGUCCAUGAAUAAUAAACAAUUAACGAAGG